AUGAAUUAGAACUUUGGCAAUCAAUAAUUGCUCUUGGAACAGUAAAAAUAGCUUGAAAAUGCUCAAAAAUAUGAUGGAAUAAUUUGGGAUUAUGUUUAAAAUCCACCAAGAAAAAUUAGAACAAAUUUCAAUAUAACAGUUACAAAGAACAAAGAAAUUUUAUACUUAAAAGACGGAUUUAUAAUGAGAAGGUAAUUUAAGAAAUGUUAUUAACUUUAAUAGAGAUUAAGUUAAAGAAACUUCAGAUAAACUUGAAAUUUUAACAAAUUUAGAAUAAAUAAAACAUUUAAAGUGGAUUGGAGAUUAUGGAAAGAAUAGUUAAAAGUUUUAAAAAUGGAUGGCAACUUGGAAAGGAGAAGUUCUACAAAAUGUUGGUGGAGUGUACAAUGAGAAUGGAAUUAAAGUAGGUCUAUGGAAAGAAAUAAUUUUAAAUAAUUGGAGGUAGUUUAAUCAAGAUUUAUUUUAUAGCAAGGCUUAAGUGUAUGAAGAGGGUAGAUAUGAAAAUAGAUUAAGAUAAGGAACAUGGAAGUAUAUAUAUUAAGAUUAAGAGAUGUAUUGAAUAAUAUAUUAAAUAAAUAGUGGUGGAGGAGAAUAUAAUUUUUAAGGAUUGAAAAACGGAAAAUGGAUGGAUUUGGGAGAGGAUUUUUGGUAAUUGUCACAAGAAACCUAUCGCGGUGAAUUUAAAAAUGGAAACAGAGUCGGAAAAUGGGUAAUCAGGGUAUAAGAAGCAAUAUUGGGAUUAUUAAAAUGAGA